UAUCCAUCCAGCCAGGACGCGCUCCGCUCCCCGGUCACAGCCGCUGCCCGGUCACAGCCGCUGCCCAGGGGCUUGAAUCCAUCAAUUAGAACAGCUGGGCCGAGGGAUGCGCACUUAAUUAACUUCAUCUCUAUUAUUUUCGUCGUCCUGAAAGUACGUCCGUCAUCCGUCACAAUUCCACUCCAGAGGGGCUCCGCGGGCUUUCUGUCGUCCAUUCGUGGAAGGAAGUGGUCGGUGGUCUUCCUGGUGACCGCCGUCGUGAUGGUUCUGCUCGCGCUGGCCAUUGCUGUCCCGUUACUGCUGCUCCGCACCUCUGAGACCUCCGCCUAUCACUACGAGAUGAUGGGCACCUGUCGGAUGGUUUGCGACCCGUACACCCCAAAACCGGGAGGCGCCACCGCCAUGGAGGUGAUCCAGAACGUGAACGGUGUCGCUCCGCAGCCGCCGAUGGCGCAGGGGAGCCGCGGGGAGCCAGGGCGACCGGGUAAACCGGGAUCAAGGGGUCCACCGGGAGAACCGGGACCCCCGGGUCCGAGGGGGCCCCCAGGAGAGCGCGGAGUCAGUAAACUCGCCUUCCCCGCGGUGACCGGACCUGCUGGGGCUGAGAACGGAGAAUUAGAAGGUGUGAACUCCACGACCAGCAGUUUCAGGAUCGCUUUUUACGUCGGUCUGAAGAACCCACAUGAGGGAUACGAGGUGUUAAAGUUUGACGACGUGAUUACAAACUUGGGGAACCGCUACGAUGCGAGCACCGGGAAGUUCACCUGCCAUGUGUCCGGGAUCUAUUUCUUCACCUACCAUGUGUUGAUGCGGGGAGGAGACGGGACCAGCAUGUGGGCCGACCUGUGCAAAAACGGACAGGAAGUCUUGUCCCCUGUUCCCCAGGUACGGGCCAGCGCCAUCGCUCAGGAUGCAGACCAGAACUACGACUACGCCAGCAACAGUGCUGUGCUGCACUUGGACUCUGGAGACGAGAUCUACGUCAAACUGGACGGCGGGAAAGCUCACGGGGGCAACAACAACAAGUACAGCACCUUCUCCGGCUUCAUCCUAUACCCCGACUAACCCCCGCCCUGCAGCACGUUACGGACAGUAGCACUGAGAACUGUUUCCAUUAAAGUAUAUGGUCCAAUAUGUUUGUUCACAGACAGGAUUAUCUGUGUGUUCUGUUUAUUUAUUUAUGUGCUUGAUUUAAAUCCAACUGCUCUACUGUCAGAGUGUGUAUCAUGCAGACCUACAGUAACACCCCGCACCAAGCGUCAUGUUUCUUAAGCUCCUUUGACACAUUUCUAAAGCGCUUUAGGGGAAUGAGCACAGGCCUCGCCAGCUGCUCACUGUGUGUAUUAAUGGUAUCUACUAUUUUAGGCUCAGAUGACAAAAGAAAUUCAUUGAAAUGAAGAGGAAAAAUGGACUUAAGGCCCGGUCACACCGGCAUUUUAAAUGACAUUUUAUGGCAAUUACUUUCUCUGGCGGGGAUAAUGCACGCUAAUAAAGAAUUUACUUUAGUGAACUUCGACACACAUUUACACCUUUGACCUUUGAGGGAACAGAGAGCCGAAGAGUCCAAAAUGGAGGACGCUAUAGUAGCUUAUUAGUUUUACAAAAGAGACACGGUUUGCAGAUUAUGCGUCAAUAAAUCGACGUGGUUGUGAUGUCGAACGUGACACAGCAGAAAGAAAGAACGAAGGAUAUAGCCUAUUGGUGGAAAAAGAGUACAAGUUAGCCUGCUAGCUUGGAACAAAAGGGAGUAAACAGUACAGAGAAGCGCCGAGAGCUACAGUACUUCAUAGCGUAGGUCACUACGUCCUCGAGCUUCUACAACCAAAUAUGUCGCGAAGACGCAAAACCUUCUGGUGGGACCGGGCCGGUACUGUGGUAACUCAGAUACUGACAGUUAUAGCCACAUGAAUAACUUUCAUUCUCACCAAAUAGUAAAAAUGGAAGCAGCGGUUCACCUUUCCCCCCCAUGAAUCACCUGUCGUGCACGAUAAGCUGGAGCUGCAAAAACAUCGCGGCCAUCUUGCCGGCUAUAGCGAGCAGAGUUGUGGAGCUUUGAGUUGUGUUCAAUGUUUCACUAAAUAACCCAAUAACCACGGAUACAAAUGGAAGUCUUUCAUCGAUAUUGACUUGGUUAUAUUUUGUUGUCAUAUAUAAAAAUAAAUAGUG